UUUGUACUGCACUUCCAUGUGCAACCCAAUGGUACCUACCUACACUCUAUCGUCAAACAGAGCAACACCUCAGUCCAUCGCAUACAUCUAUCCCGUUCCAGCAUCCACGCUGUACCUGGUGGGGAGGAUAGUCGCAAUCUCAUCCUAGAGCGCAGACCGGACCCUCGUGAGCAUUGUACAAUCCUCGUGUUUGUGGCUAGGUACCAGGUAGUACUACCAGUGUGUACUGUAUACACAGCGCCAUGUCGACUCUAACAACCACCACACUCAAAUCAUCCUACCCGUACUCCGAUCCUCCCACCCCCAUUCACCGCCAACCAACCGCCCACGAUCCGUCUAUACCCACUGUCCAACUACACCUUUGGCACAAAAGAGACGCAACCGGAAGAAGACCCCUCGGUGGCCGCGCGCCUCAAGAGACUCGAGGAACAUUAUGAAAAGUACGGCAUGAGACGGACGUGCGAGGGCAUUUUGGUGUGUCAUGAACACAAUCAUCCGCAUGUGCUCAUGUUGCAGAUUGCGAAUGCGUUUUUUAAAUUACCAGGCGAUUAUCUCCCCCACGACGCGGACGAGAUUGAAGGCUUCAAAAUGCGAUUGAAUGAACGGUUGGCGCCGACGAAUCCGAAGGAAGGGGACACAGAGUGGGAGAUUGGGGAUUGUCUUGCGCAAUGGUGGCGUCCAAACCACGAAACGUUUCUCUACCCUUUCCUCCCAGCUCACGUUUCGCGGCCUAAAGAAUUGAAAAAAUUGUAUUUGAUCCACCUCCCGCCGAACAAGGUGCUCAGUGUGCCCAAGAACAUGAAAUUGUUGGCGGUGCCGCUGUUUGAACUUUACGACAAUACGGCCCGGUAUGGACCGCAGUUGAGUGCUAUCCCUCAUUAUCUGUCGAGGUAUAGGUUCGAGUUUGUGGAUGAGGAGGGAAAUGUGAGUAGUGUUACGCCGGGUGGGGGGCCGACGUUGCCGGGUCCUCAUGGGCUUUUGAAUCUGACUGGGGUUCAAACGAUGCAAGGUGAUGCUGCUGCUGUUGCUACACCACAGGCAGAAAAGGAACAGCAGCAGCAGCAAAGGCAGGAGGGUAGCGAUGAUGUCAGAUUGGAGAAUGGGCAUUGACUGGCCUGGAGAAAUCAAAGUUGAGUAAUUGUGAGGGCUUGAAAGACAGGAGAUGGUACGACGUUCAUACUGUACGGCCAAAGUGGUCCCGACAAGGAGAACUUCUAUCCUCGUUCACCGCGCGUCAUGCCACCCCCUGAGGACGGGAUUGACGUGCUGUGGUAGCAAGGGGUGGUGGAUCGAAUGUCUUGUCGAUAGCUGUCCAUCCUCGGCCGUUCGAACUCACCCGUUAAUAUUGGAUUGGAAAGGAAAGGCUGACGACGCUGCCGUUGUUGGAAGGAAAGAUGGAUGCCAACAUCAGGUCUCACACCAUGCACGGUAUGGGCAUGAGGGUGAGGAGUUGUCAAUUUUCAGGCUGAUCAUGCGCCCGACAGGCUGAAAAGAUAAACGCUUUAAAAAGUUGACGGAAUCGGCACUGAAUGAAGCAAAUCGAAACAAUACACAUCGAAUAAUACGCAUGGAGGGCCGGUUGUGGAGGCUCGCAGACAUCCAGAACAGAGGUCAGAGGCAAAUCAGAGGUCAGAGGCAAAUCAUCUGCCUAUAGACGUUGUUAUGUUAAGGUUAGAUUGAACCGAAUCCUUCCUUGGGCGUUUGACAUUAUAUCCAGGCCUGCGGUGACCGGACACAUGGGCAUGCAACGAGGCUGAAUCUCAGCAUGAUGAGUACCACUCACACUACCUCAUGCAUUGUAGGACUUGGCCUAACUUGGGCCCGGCCUGAGCGUCUCGCCCAGAUAGACUGGACUUGUGAAUAAAGUUUCCAUUUUCCGGGGUA